AUGCGCGCGGCUCCCCCGUUGCAAGAAGUGGACUUGACCGGAGCUAAAACCAACAAAGGCAGACUCUGGUGGGAGCUGCGGAAGCGCCGGGCACUGAGUCAACAAGCGGGUCCCAUUGAAAUGCAAAUAGCGCGGCCGCGGCCCCGGCGCGCCACCUCCCGCCCCUUAACUUCUCAACCCCCGCGCCGCGCCGGCCUGAAUGGGCCCAUUGACGCGCGCCGGCGGUCCCCGCCGCGCCUCGCCCCGCUGCCGCGGGGCCGCCUGCAGCCGCGAGCCCGCCCGGCCGCCCGGCCACGCAGGCCUCGCGGGCUCGGGCCGGCCUCGCGGUCGCGGUCAGCCGUCGUCGCCUCCUCGUCCUCACCGCCGCUCCCUGCCAGCGCCGGAAGGCGGACGCGGCCCUGCACGCGGGGGCCCUCCUUUCUGCGCGAGGAACAGGAAAAUGCGCUCCGCGGCUGAGUUAAAAACAAAAACAGCAACAAAACCCCAAACAGGAAGAAGUUCCAACGUUCCACAGAGGCGGUGCUGAACACUUCUGGCUUCGAAGGAGGUUCUCGCGGAUGCUCUGUAAAUGCUGAAGGAAAAACAAAUCCCGUUUGGCCUGUGGAUACCGCCCACCCUCUCGCCCCACUCCCCUAUCCUUUGUUUUACUUUGACUAGAUAACAUUAUCAGCCGGUUGUUUAUUCUGCGCUUUCCCUAAGGUUUAAAGUUAAUGCAAGCACUGUUAAAACUUCUACAGAACUUAAAAAGUGUGUGUGUUGGGGGGCUAAGUUUUAACAUAAAUACAGGCCAAUUCAAUUUUUUUUUUUAGCAAGCUAUGAGCUACUAGCAAUAGUUUUCUUAAAAAGCUAAACGGUAUUUAAAGAUCACCUGAAGACAUAAGCUGACUUUCUACAACAUAUAUAUUUGAUUGCUGUAUCAGACUCUAAGGAAAUGAGGAUUGAUAUACGUGUGACACAUAUAAUAAAGGAAAUCUUUAUUUUUAAAUCCCUUAA